AUGGCUACCCUGUCUACAGACAGCCAGGACGAUACCUACUCCUCCACCAUCAUGAAUCAUCAUCAGAGUGAUCCCACAGUCAUAACAGGCGAAUACCGUCUCUCCAAUGGCAUUACUUCGACAAUCACUAGAACAUACUCAAACUUCAAACAGCUCGAGCAAGCUGCCCAUAGUGUUCUGAAAACCCUUGAGGCAAACGAUUGCGACGGUAACCAAUGGAUUCUGGUUUUAGGACUCACCAAAGAAGCAAUAAAGCGUCUAGAUAAUGACAAGGAAUGUCUUGGAGGCGUCAACUUUCGUCCUGAGUGGGAGGGAACUACUGGCCUAAUCAAAGUGAUCCCAGGAGCUACCCAUGAAUCGCUGAUCGAUGCCUUCAACCUGAAGCCUGCCAACAACAAGGGAAAGGGAGCUGACCAGGGAUUCACUCCCCCGUCACGGCAAGGGGCUCAGGGACAGACCCGAGGAUGGCCAACUCUGGUCAUUGAGGUUGGUGUCUCGGAGUCCAUUUCCAAGCUGCGUUCCGAUGCCAAGUUCUGGCUUAACAAUUCCAGUGGCCAAAGCAGAUUCGUCAUUCUCAUCAACACUAAAAGGGCACGGGUGACGUUCGAAAAUUGGAUGCUGAUGCCGCCUAAUGCCCCUAACCCGGCCCCCCCGGCGUACGUCGCCGCGCUUCGCUCACGACCCAUCCACAGUCCGCCUCUAGUAAAUCAGCCAGCUGCUAGCCAGCAGCUUUACUCAGCCCAAGAGGUUGUCGUUACUCCAACCGGGAUGACAGGUGCCCCGAUGAUUUUUCCCUUCCGGGCCCUGUAUGACAGGGCACCAGGACCGAAUGAGACGGAUAUUACCAUCACCGCACAGGACUUUCGGGCAUUCGUCCAGACUGUUUUCUGA